UAAAUUAACUAGCACAAAUUAAUUUUGGCGGUUGUAAUAGCGAUACCAAAAUGGUGAUCUGAAAAUGAUCGCCGAUCGAGUCAAGAAAUGUGCACUGGAUUGCAGGAAAUUCUCCUUCGAUGAACUGGCCGUUUCGGUUUUAGAGCAAGAGAACUGCGUUUCCAUUUUAGUUAUAUAAGCUAAUUUUUUAUCUUAUUCAUAUUUGUUUCUUUUAUAAUUCGAUAUUCAUUUCUCGAAUGCAACAGCCAUUUUCAGCUGGCGUAGCUCUCCUGGGAAAGUACAAUUUCCAAAGAAGUUGCCGUCUGGCUAUGGCGUUCGAGUCAACUUCGUGGAAGCCCAUGUACUUGGCCGUUCCUAAAUCGAGUCCCUACAAAGAAGAAAUCCAACGAGCAUCGUUGUGGUUCUAUGACACUGGACUGCGGGAUCACUGGUUCGAUGUCUAUGAGAAACCGCCCGGACAGUGUCGACUGGACUACAACAGCAAGGGCGUUGCGACCAAGAGAUCCAGCAAUCAAAUCAAACUCGAACAGUUGCAUCUACCAUUUCUGAUUCUUUUUGGUGGCUAUUUAAUAGCCUUCAUGCAGUUUCUAAGGGAGAAAUUCAUCUGCCCACUUCAAUAAUAAGGUGUGAUUUUUUUUAAUAACUAUAAUCCACAAGCAACUCUGUACAAUAAAGUUCUUAUUUAAUCUCCUUAAAUUUGGAACAAGUGUCGAUCUGUAGGCCUACUGAAAGU